CAGACAUUCUUCCGCUCAACGCCACCAUAUUUCUUCAACAUGGCUUCCCAAGAAAUGAAGAAGUUAAACGACUUGCGAGUUAUUGAUUUGAAAAGCGAAUUGGAAAAGCGCAAUCUCGAUAAAACUGGAAUAAAGUCUGUCCUGCUUGAAAGGCUCCAAAAGGCCUUAGAAGAUGAAGGCAAAGAUGUUCAUACAUAUUUGUUUGAAAUCACAGAUACACCUAAAAAAUCCAAGUCUAAGUCUGAUGACAAUGAUAAUGAUGACAGUGGUGCUGAGAAAGGAGAUGAAGAGAUGUCAAAUGAGACAAGUUUGGUUGCCAAUGAGGAAGAUGUAGCCAAUGAUGGGGAUGCAGAUAAAGUUGAGCAGAAUACACCAAGUGAAGAUCAUGAAGUUCCCCAAGUGGAGAAUGGUGGCCAAACGGCAGAGGAAGAAUCAACUUUAUUAACUGACGGUGGCAAUGAUCAGGGACAGGAAGAGUUGCCAGAAGAAGCUGAAGACUUUGGUGAUGAGUGUGACAUCGAGGGAAAUCCGGAUGAGGAAUCUGGAGAAAUGCCUACAGAUUUCAUGGAGGACAUGGGCGAUGAAAGCUUGCAAGAAACAUCGAACAUUGACAAUGCCAAUGAGGACUCUCAGAAUCCUGCUGAAUCAUAUGAAACCAAAUCUGAAAUCACAGAUGUAAUUGAACCCAAAACUGUAAGUAGCAAUGGUGCUGUUGCUGGUACCGCAUCACCGAAGCAGUCAAACACUGCAAAAUCAAUCAGUAACACUUCACUUGCUACAAAAGUAGAAAAGGCUGAACCUUCUGAAGGUGGAGAUGAAUCAUUUGUUGUGCAGGUUGACGACACUAUGUUAAAUGAGAUCGAUGCUGACUUGCUAGAUGGACAACAGAAUGAUGGUAAAAGUGGCGAAUCUGUUGCUAGCCAAGAUGGAGAGAACAAAAAAACAGAUACAACUGGCAGUGGACCAGGAAACACAACAGCAGCCAGUGAUGCUGCAGCCAAAUUGUCUGAAAAUGCAGAGUCUAAGGAUGCUUCAAAGACAACAGCCAGUAAAGAUGAAAAAGACACAAAGACUGCAGCCAAGAGUUCAACUGCCAAGGUUGUUAAAAAAGAGGACAAACCUUCUCAGAGUAGUCGCAAUCUGUGGGUAAGUGGAUUGUCAUCUAGCACCAGAGCAACUGAUCUAAAAGCACUUUUUAGCAAGCACGGAAAGGUGAUAGGUGCCAAGGUAGUUACGAAUGCAAGAUGUCCUGGCUCUCGAUGUUAUGGUUUUGUUACCAUGGGAUCAGCAGAUGAGGCAACCAAAUGUAUUCAACAUCUUCACCGCACAGAACUGCAUGGUAGAAUGAUAUCUGUAGAAAGGGCAAAAACUGAACCACAAGGUACAAAAGCUAAAGUAUUACCCCCUAGCAGCUUAAAAUCACCUGUAAAAUCAUCCCGUCCGCCUCGACGAUCAGAUUCUAAAUUAAAAAGUUCACACAAAGAAGAAGAUAAAGAUGCCUCUAAAGAACCCGGUAAAGAAACAGAUAAAGAUAAAAAAGAUGAGAAACCUGAUGGAACAAGAAGCACUUCUCGUCAAAGGAGCAGAGACAGGAGACGCUCUCCAAGAAGUACUAGUGGCAGACCUGGAGAUCAUUAUCAUCACAGAUCAAGGGAAAGAAGAUCUUCUUUGGAAAGAGCUGGGCUUUCAGAUUUGGAAAAAAAAGAGUUAGAUGUAUUAUCAUUUGAAAAAAUAAAGGCUGAACGUGAACGAGAACGGCUGCGUCGUAAAGAGAUGUAUUUGCGCCAUGAAGAGCGAAGGCGUCAGCUUGAUAUAGAAAGAGAACAAUACAAGCAACAGUUAAUAGAAAAGCGCCAGAGAGAAGAAGCUCUGAAGAUUGAAAGGGAAAAAAGGCGACUAAGAGAAAUGAGAGAAGAAAUAGAGAGAGAAAAAUUAGAAGCUGAACGGCUUCGACUUGAAACAGAAAGACUUCAAAUUGAGCGUGAGCAGGAAUCAUACAGAAGAGAACAACAGAGAGUGUUGCAAGAUCGUAGAGCUAUGAAACGCCCUGGGGAAAGACCAGGUUUAAGAGAGGAUGAGUGGGCCACCAAACGGCCAAUGACUGACAGAUAUGGUUCUGGAGAAAGAGGGGGUCGGUUUGAACGCAAACCAGAAAGGUUUGAAAGAAGGGAAACAGAUGGAGCUAGAUUUGAUAGGCGUGAAGAGCGACCCAGACCUGAAAGAUUCGAUGAACGGGAGCGACCUCCGCGUGCUGAGCCAAGAGAGAGAGAUUAUAGAAGAGGUGAGGAGCACAGACAAUUUAGAGAGGAUAGGCCUAGGGAGCCAAGAUCAAGAGAUGAUAGGCAAGGCAGAGACUCAGCUAGGGGCCCUCAAAGACAUGAUUCUCGAGAUUGGAAAUCUGAAAGAGAGUCUAGCAGAGGAUCUGGAGGAGGAUCAGGUGCUUGGAAUGGUCCAGUUGAGCGUUCAAAGUUGGAUUGGGGACAAGGAGUGGGCUCUGGUGGUAUGGGUCAAGGUGAUGGCUGGGAAGGUGGUGUUGUUAUGUCUCAGCCGGGGGGAAGCUUCAGUAUUCAACAAGGUCCAAUGAUGACUGGUGGUAUGGGAGGAGGUCCAGUUUUUAUUGCACAGCCAGCUUUGUCAGGUCCUCCUGUCAUGAUGCAAGGCACUUUGAGACAAGGAGACAGCAGAUUUGGAAUGGCAGCUGCGACUGUCAGAAGAUUCUAACAGUGUUCAUGUGUAUUGUUUACUAGAGUUGCUUUAUGUAUUUUUCAGACACUUUUAAAUACAAACCAUUUUAAACCAACAAAGCACAGGAUCAUUCCGUCAGUAAAUUGGGGCCCAUUCCUCAAUGUCGUGUUUGUUGUCUGGUCAUUCAUUUGAAUUGGAUUGCUUUUGUCGUUUCUCUUCCAUGUGCUUGCCAUAAAAAGACUUGAUGUUGUUCUAAUAAUAAAGCUUAAUUUCAAUUGAUGAUGGAAGCGAGACACAGCAAGGGUUUUUAGUUAUUUAUAUGUUCAAAUGUUUGCAAUGUUGUUUAGAGAGAUUCAGUACUGAAUUGUAUAUGAAAGAUUAAAUGUAUUACAUUGCAUAACCUGUA